AUGGACAUAUCAUUUCCUGCCGCCUUGAAAUCGCUCAACUUACCGCCAUCAAACCCUUUUCAUUUUCGUUCCAAACUUUCUCUUUUUCGUCAAACUAUCAAUUUAUUUAACUUCAAACCCUCCAUUUCUUCUUCUCCUUCUUCUCCUCGCCUAUUUCCCCUUUCCUUCUCCUCUCUCACCAAUGGUUCUGCUACUGCUGCUGCCGUUGAGAUAAGCAAGGAAGGAACUUUGCCUCACGGUGUUGGAGAGGGAGUUAAUGAAGCCUCACAUCCAAAGAUUCUUCAGGUUGUUCUUGUUUCCCCUCAGAUUCCAGGAAACACUGGCUGCAUUGCUAGAACAUGCGCAGCAUCGGCUGUUGGACUACACUUAGUUGGGCCAUUGGGAUAUAAGGUGGAUGAUACCAAACUAAAGCGAGCUGGAUUGGACUACUGGCCGUACGUGGUUGUUAAAAUUCACGAUUCUUGGGAAGGUUUUCGUGAUUAUUUUUUGCAACAGGAGGGUGAAAAGCGAUUGCUAGCAUUUACAAAGCGGGGAACAAAAAUUCAUUCUGAUUUUUCCUACAAAAAAGGCGAUUAUCUAUUAUUUGGUGCUGAAACGACCGGUCUUCCGCCUGAAGCUUUGUUAGACUGCAAAACUGAACCAUUUGGCGGUGGGACUAUUAAGAUCCCGAUGGUGGAAACAUACGUCAGGUGUUUGAAUUUAUCGGUUAGUGUUGGCAUAGCUUUGUAUGAAGCUUCUAGGCAAUUAAACUAUGAAUCACUUCAGAUACCUUCAGAAUCAUGUAUUGAUACUGAGGAGGAAUCAUUCAUUACUGAAGACAUUUUUGGAUGA